CACACACACACACAAAAUAAAAAAUAAUACGUACUCAUAAAUAAAAAAAAUUACGAGGCAAUAUAAAACGUCCUCAAUCCGGACAAACAUAAAUACCGCACAAACAUUCAUCAAACAUAUUUUCACUUACAAACAUACACAGUUACAUAAACCAAAAAAAAAAUAAAAAAUGUCGAAACUCCAAAAUUCUAUCCUUCUUUUCCAUGUCUUCAUAUGUGCAGCUUUUGCAGAAUCUUUCAACAUACCAACUGUUCCAUUUUCCAAAGGCUUCACCAAUCUAUUCGGAGAGCCGAACAUCGUCAAGGCCGAAGACGAUCAAUCGGUUCAACUUCAUCUCAAUCAAAUCACAGGCUCAGGGUUUAGGUCCUCAAACCUCUACAAUCAUGGGUUUUUCAGUGCCAAAAUCAAGCUACCAUCAGAUUACACAGCAGGAAUUGUGGUUGCAUUUUAUACAACAAAUGGAGAUAUGUUCCCAAGGACACACGAUGAGCUCGAUUUCGAGUUCUUGGGCAACAUAAAAGGGAAAGCUUGGAGGUUUCAGACUAAUAUGUAUGGCAAUGGCAGCACAAGCAGAGGAAGAGAAGAGAGAUAUUACCUUUGGUUUGACCCUUCUAAGGAGUUUCAUCGUUACAGCAUAUUGUGGACUAACAAGAAUAUUAUAUUCUACAUAGAUGAUGUUCCAAUCCGAGAGAUUGUGAGAAAUGAAGCAAUGGGGGCCGAUUUCCCCUCAAAGCCCAUGGCCCUAUACGCCACCAUUUGGGAUGCCUCCGAUUGGGCUACCUCCGGCGGCAAAUACAAGGCGAAUUACAAAUACGCCCCUUUUGUGGCGGAAUUUACCGACCUUACCCUCCACGGGUGCGCGCAAAAUCCGCUUGAGAAGGUGCCGGCGGCCGCCAGCUGUGUCGACACUAACGAUAAGCUCGCCAGCGCCGAUUUCGCUACCAUAACCCCUAAACAAAGAAUGUCCAUGAAAAGGUUUCGAGAGAAGUAUACUUAUUAUUCGUAUUGUUAUGACACGAUAAGAUAUCCGGUGCCUCCACCAGAAUGUGUUAUUGAUCCGGUCCUAAGGGAACAGUUUAAGCAAACCGGGCGGCUGAAGUUCGACUCGAAAAACCACCAUCGGAGGUUCAAGAAAAGAGAUCGAGUAACCGUGGCUAAAAGUUAUGCGGGUCAAUCCGAUGUUUGAUAUAAUAUAUUAUUUGAUGUUACUUAUUUAUCAUGUUAUGUUGUAUAGUAUACUAUGGAUUUUUAUGUUGUUUUCAUUUUUCAAAAUUUCAUAUUUAUAUGAUCUAUACUUCCUUAGAGUUAUAGCAUAUUUUGAAAAUUCUUGUGUAAGCUAAUUAAAGAGUGGAUGAUAUAGAUGCUACUUUAUUUGUGGGAAUAAAGUUAUACAAAUUGUUAUGUGGUUUGUUUUGAAGUAUUGGGGAAUCAAUGUAUUUGCUACCUCUUUUUCUAUUUGAUUAAUUGGUCUUAUGUGCUAAUUAAUCAGUGAAAUGAAUAUGUGACUUUGAAAGGGAGGGAGUAAUAUCUUACUUACGACCUAUUCAUGGA